AUGAAGACUAUCGCAGUUCUACUCUCCGUCGUCGCGGUAGUUGUCGCCCUUCCGCCUUGCCCCUGUUUCUUAGCUUACAAGCCAGUCUGUGGAUCUAAUGGUCUUAUUUAUGGAAACGAGUGCGAAUUGAAGUGUGAACAGCGCACAGAUUCUGCCCUAACUUUGGCCUACCAUGGAGAAUGCCGCAAAGUUUGCCCCUGCACCAAGGAAUUCUAUCCAGUUUGCGGUACCGACGCAGUCACUUACAACAACCAUUGCCUGUUGCGAUGUGCAAGUGAAAACGACGCCUCUGUAUUAUUGAUGCACGAAGGUGCUUGCGAGAAGGACCAGAAGCCAGAAUCCACAGGGUAA